AUGUUCUAUAAAGCCAAGGCUUUUGAAGAACGCCUACAUCAUCAUUGGCUUCAUGAUGAUCCUCGUUUAGAAUCCUUAUUAGCUGCCCUGUCUCGCAAAUCAAAGAUUAAGCGUCGCCUCGCAAUCCUGCAAACCCAACUUAGCAGAAGACUAUCUCUCAUUCAGUUGGAUGAACUUGCCUCUCGCAAGCGUGUGCUCCGCCGUUUAGGUUUCAUCAACGAACACGAUGUGGUUGAAUUGAAAGGGCGAGUCGCUUGCGAAAUCACCUCUGCUGACGAGCUUGUUUUGACUGAGCUGCUAUUCGAUGGAGUUUUCAAUCGUUUAACUCCAGCCCAAGUGGCUGCUCUUCUUUCUUGUUUUGUUUUUGAUGAACGCACCUCCGAGAUGCCCCAACUUAUGCCUCAGCUUGCCGAUGCACUUGACUCGCUUAAGGUUGGCCUUUUUCUUAUUAAAAAUCUUUAUUUUGAUGUAACAUAUCUGGUGUUGAGUGGUUAA